GGCAUCCUCUCGCCAGUGUCAAGAGAUGAUUUUUUUCCGCGAGCAAAGUUCGAGUGAAAGUUUCUCGCGAGGGAAUUAAAAUAUAGGGAUCGAACAUAUAUAUUUAUUCAACAGGAUGUUUCUUUCUUUCUUUCUUCUUUUUCUUUUUGAUCGGAGAAAUCAAUGUGUAAAAAGUUCAAAUGUGUAUUAAUAAUUCCCAUUUCUCCCUCUUCUUAUAUCAAAUAACAGCGAUUUGUGAAGUUGAUUGAAAAAAAAAGAAAAGGAUGACGUGGGUAGAACAAUCGAGAAAAUAUCAACGGGUUAGGGUCGAAGGAAAGAGGAGACAGAAAGGCGGAAUGCGGAAUCUGGUAUCGCUAAAUAUCACGAUCCUUUAUCCCACGGUAAUCAUCGAAGGGCAAAAAAAAAAGAAAAAAAAAAAAUGCCUGACACGAGUGUACAGGCUCGUGCGGAACACAAUAAAGUCUGCGCCCCAACCCCUGAAAUGCCAGCGUGACAAAGGGUGGUUAAGCCCUUCUUGACGAAGAUGCACCGUGGCGAGCCCCUGAUAUUCCCGUGCAGACGUCGCGACGUCGCUGUGCAAUCGCGCCGAUUUUCAAAUAUCGUCCCUCUCCCCUCCCUCCCCUUUCCUUCCCUCCGUUCGUUACGCGCUUCCUUUCGUUCCUACAUCCCGAUCCUCCACUCCUCUCCUCCCCAGGAGGUCGAAGGAAGAAAGAAAGGAAAGAAGGAAGAGAAACAUCGUUCGCGCGAUUGAUCUCUAACGAGACUUUCUCUCUCUCUCUCUCUCUCUCUCUCCCCCUUCGCGUACGCAAAUUAUCGAUCUCGCGACCCAACCUUUUUAACGGGAGAGAAAAGAACGGCCGUGGCGGGCGAACUCUCGGCAGAAGCGCGAGAGUUUCGAGCCGCGGAAGAAGCACGAGUUACCCGCUUCCUCGAUCAUCUUUCUCGAGUCGAGGAUGAUCGAAGUCUAGUUCGAGGGCGGAACCUGUUCGAAGCCGAGUUAAGAGAAAUUAAAAGCGAAUUAAAGGGGACGGAGUUAAGGAUCGAGAAAGGUUGUUGACAGAAAUCGACGGAUUCCGUGGAUCAAACGCGUUGGAUGUUUGAGAAUAAUAAUAAGGUGGAGCAAGAUUGGAGGAUCAAUGUAAAUAAACGAUGCGCGCGUGUGAACGUUGACUCGUAGAUGUUUCGUGGCGAUGAGCGUUGGAUAAGCGUUAACGUUCGUGUUCUACGAGAAGCUAGAGAGAGAGAGAGAGAGAGAGAGAUGGAAGUGGAGAUCGUGGCUUGUGCGGAGAGCAACAAUGUGAACAGAUCGGGGGGUGGCGUCCCGACCCACGACAGCAGAGUGCAAAUAGUACGAAAAACACGGACGUCGCUGUUCAUUAUCAUGAGUUUCAUCUACGCGAAACUGCUGGUGGUUGUGUGCAUCGCUUACGUGAUAAGCGAGGUGGUCACGCACAAGCUGCCCCUCUACUACUACGAGGGAUUCUUCACGUACCUGUACGGUGUCAGCAUCUUAUUCCUGCUCUACGUGUUCUGCUUCCUGCUCCAAGAAAGCGCUUGCUGCUCGAGGGGCAGCGACACGCCACCCCCGCCUCCGAGGCCGCCCAAACCGCCCAAGGAGCCCAAGGAGAAGAACAAGAAGAAGGACAAGAAGGACAAGGAGCAGAAGUCGUCGAAAAGCAAGAAGGAGUAUCAGGACGCGGCUGACGUCGAGGCUGGGGUGGCCACUCGGGCACUGAGGAAGCGGAAAACUUCGCAGAACGACCAGAGCCAUGGAAGCUUUUUCCUGAGAAUCGGAGCCAUUGCUUUCGGCCUCGGUACAAUGGUCUACAACGGUUUGGAAUUCGGCACCUUCUUCGAGGUGCCGCCCACGUCGCCCUGCUACCAGAUCCUCCAAGGCGUGAAUCCAGUUCUCCAAAUGAUUUUCACCUUCAUGCAGAUGUACUUCAUCUUCAUGAACUCGAGGCUCAACAUUCAUCGCUUCAAAGUGAUCGCUCGCUUCGGCCUGAUGCACGUGGUGGCCACCAAUCUCUGCGUCUGGAUCCGUACCCUCGUGUUGGAAAGCAUCAAGGAGAUCACGAAGCAUCACCAGAAAAUGGGCCAAUUCGAGGCUGGCAUUCUUGAGAGUAUCAAACAGCACUCGAUGAGGAACGCCGGUGCCAUAUUGGGAACUGCGCCCAGAGACGUGGCGCUUCUGCGCGAGGCCCCAUUAACAGCGACGAGGUCGUCCACGGUCCCAACGUCGGUCGCGAGUACCAUAGCCGCGUCGUUCGGCCGAAUGGUGAAAACUACGGCUAGGGCGAUCGCGAGGGCCGUGACGACACCGACCUCGACCACCACCACGGGCUGGAACCCGCCGACCUCCAUGACCACCUCCACCUCGACCCCUCAGCCCAGUUUGACCACGACCACUGCCAGCACUCUGACCACUUUUCUAACCGCCCUCACGCCGAGAACCACCACCGAGGAAAGGACCACCCCGACCACCCCCGCCACGACUACCACCUCCUCCACCGCCGCCACCACCACCACAACCACCUCCACAACCAGCAUACCUUCCACCACCUUGUCGUACUUCGUCCAACUGUUCGACGCGCCUCAGGCGGACAACAAAGAAGAGAUCAAUCAGAUACAUCAGAUCUUCGACCUGAACAAUCAAACGAACAGCAGCGAAUAUUGGAGCCCGAAUUUCGGCGCUUACGCGGAGGCGUUGACGGACGAGGAGAUCGCGUCGAAUUCGUGCGGCCGGGUGAACAUAAUGGGGACGAUCGUGCAGGACGCGGAACCGUAUCUCUUCCCGUUCAUAAUCGAGUACAGUUUGAUCGGGGCUGCGGUGAUCUACGUGAUGUGGAAACACAUCGGGCGGCACCCACGUUGGCCGCAUCAGGUGGAGGCCGACCUCGAGCGGCGCCUCGAGGCCAUGCUGUCUCGAAGAGCGGUCGCUUUGGCUCACGCGGGUCACACGAGGGUGGACUGCGUAGGAGCGAGCAAAGGAUUGUUCUUCGGCCUGUUGCUGCUGGUCGGCUCGCUGAUCUGCCUGAUCCUGUUCUUCGUGCUGAUCCACCACCCUGACUUCGGCCUGGUCGCCAUUUACCUCGCGGACGUUUCCCACUGCGUGCUGAUGGUCCUCUCGAUCGUUGCCAUCAUCGUGGGAUUCAUACGGGUGCAGAGCUUGAAGUUCAAGGCCGAGGAGCAGAGCGACCUGAACGACAUCCUCCUCCGCGUGUCGGGCUUCGGCCUCUUCGUCUACGCCGUGUUCAGCGUGAUCGCCGGCUCGUUGGCCGCGUUCACCCACGAGCCCAACCUCCUCGUCAUGCUCACCGGCCUCCUCUCCGUGGCGCAGGUCAUCCUCCAGAUGCUGUUCAUCGCGGACGUGUCCCGAAGAAGGGUCCACCUGCCGGAGCACGACCGUAGCAAGCCCGGCAGGCAGGUGGUCACGUUCUUGCUCAUCUGCAACCUGACCAUGUGGGUGAUCUACACGUUCGAGUCGCAGAAAGUGAUGGCGAACCCGGUCCAGCUCGAUUUCUACGGGUUCCUCGCGUGGGCCAUCGUGCAGAGAGUCACGCUCCCCCUCUGCAUCUUCCACAGGUUCCACAGCGCGGUCACGUUCGCGGAGAUAUGGAAGACGAGCUACAAGGCGCGCCUCGAUUAGACGAGGGGGUCGUUCGUUGGAUCGAUCGUACGGAGCCCGGAGUGAUCGUCGUUCGCGAAUCGAGAAUCGAGAGAGAGAGAGUAAGAGGAGAGCUUUUCGAUCGUCUCUUUCCAAGAGACUGGAGGGAGGAAGGGAUGACCAGGCUGGUCGAUCAAUCGGACAUAUCUUGGAGAAAUGUUAUUUUUUGGGGGCGGCUUGCGGCUUGCCUCUCUCGAAAUCUCGAGAAUGAUCGGCGAGGAUUGAGGAGGUGCGACAACGAGCACGCUUGCUUCAUCAUCGGAUUGGAUAGGGAGGGUGGGUGGGAGUAGGGAAAGGCGCCAGGUGUGUGUCGAGGCUUCGCGCGCAGAGGAACCGCAAAAAAAUCGAUCGCGAAGCGUCGUUUUAUUUUUUUACGCGCGUUUGCAUGCAUUCGUUAGCCUCGGUUCUCUUUGCUUGAAACAGGUUGCUUCCUUGAUCGGUAAUGUCGGGCGGGAGAGCACGGAUCAGGAGGAAACAGGUCGAUCGAAGAAGAAGAAGAAGAAAUGAAAUUCUAGGAAACCGGAUAACUUUGAACGGAUCGUGUUAUUCGUUAAAAAGCACAAAAAAAUAAUAACGAGAAAAGCAAGAUCUGAAAGAACACACACGCGCACAUAUACACAGUGUACGUGCAACGCCACAAUCACGAAAUAGGGCCCAUUUCCUUUCACCGUGUUUCACACCUUUUACGAUCUCUAUUAUAUACUGCCGUCAAAUUUUCUACUUUUAUAUAUUAUAUAUGUAUCUUCGCCCCCCCCCCCCCCCCAUCGUGCAUCGAGAACGUUUAAGAGUUCGAUUUUCACUCUUCGUUUUUAACCCUCGAUCGUUUUUCGAAAGAGAAAGCCGAGAGAAGAGAGGAUUUUUUCAACAAAACAUCGUGGCAAUUAAUCAUACGGAGAGGUAUACGCGAAGAGUGGAAUCGUCUUCUUGAAGCCGAUAUCACCUCAUAUUAGCGAUCGAGAUUACAUUGUUCGUUAGCAUGGCCCAUGGAGAUAGUUUUAGGUGAAUAGCCGCAGUGCGAUCUCUUUCUCGCGAGAAAAAAAAGGAUGGAGAGACGAACGAUCGAAGAGAGAGAGAGAGAGAGAGAGAGAAGAGACUCGAUGCAGGAACAGGGUAAAAUUUCGUUGCGCCGCAAGUCGAGCGAAUUGACACGACGCUUUUAUAUCGCGGAUGGAUACGCAUUCUUUUGUUCGAACGAAGAUUUUGGACGAAGCUGCUUGUCCGCUUUGUCGACCGAUUUCCGACGAAAGAAAAUCAAAGAGAGAAAGAGAGAGAAGACGCGCCAAAAAAAGAAGAAGAAGAAAGAAAGGAAAACAAUUCCGACGUUCUUUCUCGUUGCGUGCUGCAAAGUACAAAAUUGUUUCUAACUUUUAGAAUCUUUUAUCGACACGAUCCUUUCGACGAUCAUGCUCCGAAAAGAGCGUGUAUAUGCGAUGAAUACGAGAGGUGUGAUUCGAGUCGCAAACGAACGAAAGUGAGAGAAGAGGAAGAAGAGGAGGGAAAAGGGACGAGAGAAGCGACGACGAUGCGCGCGGGGGAAAAAAAGAAUCUUGUAUAAAGGGUAAAGCGUAUUUUUUUCUUUUUUUUAAAAUUCGAAACAUACUCGAGAUGUACUCGAAGAUGUUCGAAUCACGAUAGGGAGGGGACAAUGACACUUGAACCACGAAUGUAGAUUUUAUCGCGAGAUUAAGAGAUUAAAAAAAGUAACGAAAAUAUCAUAGGCGGAGGUUUUAAGAUGAACGUGUAAAGGAAGAUUAUUAUUGACGAGAGGAUUAAAGAAAAAAAAAGAAAAAAAAAAAAAAGAAAAAAAAAAUUAUUAUAGUCGGUACACCGGUAGCGAAUCUUACACAUACGCGUACACACAGCCACCAUUCACGGAAGUUUAUUAAUAAUUACCAUGGUCGAUUAGCUUUUAAUGCCAUCUCUCGGGAGAGAUCGAACGAGAUAAGUGGAACUUUCACAUUUAUAUUCGCUAUGAAUAUCGUAGAUCGUUCAAAAAUACACACACACACACAUACACACACAUACCACGGGGAGAAAUACACACGCGUUAUUUAAAUAGUCGUUAUUAUACGUUGAAAAAAAAGAAAAAAAAUCCCUCCACGGAUCCCGCGAAACUCGGAGAAGAAAAAGAAAAAGAAUCCAACCCUUUAUUUAUUUCCUAACAGGAAAAAAAAAAAAAAAAAAAAAGAAGAAGAAAAAAUAAAUAACCUGGUCGAAGUAUGUACCUAGCUCUACUCGAGUCUAUAAUAAAUAUUUUAAUUCUUAGACGUGUGUAUGUAGGUGAAAGAGAGUUAAAUGAGAGGAAACGGGAAACGAGUGUGGAAACGGAAGAGGGACGAAGUUGUGACACUAAUAUUAUACAUAAUUGUAAUCCGAGACGACACAUUAUUAUUAUUAAAAACGAUAACACGAUAUAAAUAUGGAAAAAAAAAAUUUAAAAAUAUAUUAUAUAUAUAUAUAUAUAGAUAGAUAGAUAGAUAUAUAUAUAUAUAAAUAUAAAUACAUCUAUGGAGAUCUUUUAUUGACUUCGAUGUGCGCAAUUGCGAAUGAAGUGAUGCGAAUAUGUAAAUAACUAAUGCAGAGUUUGAUGAACGUAUCGUUCAGCAGAGUGUCUGUAAAACGAAGAGCAAUUAUGUUUUGCGAGUUUUAUUCUCGAGGCGUGUUUUCGACGGAAAGAGGGUGCGUUUAUCAUUCCCCUUAAUCAUUGUGAUCGAGCCCUCAUCAAAUCUCUUCUUGAAAGUUCAAAGAAAGAAAAAAAAAAACUUCAUCGACGUUACUCUUCCCGUCGACGAAUAUUUUACGACCGAUCGAUCGAUCGAUCGAUUUGUCAAAAUUGACGAAAAUGUCCGCACCCUCUUACCCCUCGAUUCCCUCGUCUCAAUCGCGAAAAAAAAUUCAUAUUUGCCCAUUGAUUUCAUUAAGAAUCAAAAAGGAAAAAAGAAAAAGGAAAAAAAAAAGGAAAAAAAAAAGAAAAAGAAGAAAAAAGAAAGGAAAAAAAAAAAAAAGAACAAGCGUUCGUUUGAUCUUUCCUCCGCUCGAAUCCCGAAAUCUUUUCACCAACGCUCUGCGCGAGAAUCACAGCGUGUAUCGAAAGAUCGAAAGGAAGAAAGGGGAUGCGAGUCCAUAGGAACGACAAUAUAUAACAAGAAUAUUCGCUAGAACGUUUACACAAACAAAAACAAAAAAAAAAAAAAAAUCAUAGUUAACAAGGCACUGCCACACACAGGACCAACAAAGAAAAGUCGAGAAAGUGAGAUGAUAGAGAAGAAUGUGGGUGAGAGAGGAGAGCGAGAGAAGGCAGGAGGAAAAACGCGAGGAGAGGGGACGAAGCAUGGAACGCGAAUAGAUGGAACCAAAAAAAAGAAAAUGAUAAUUAUAAUAAUAAUAAUAAUAAUACUAAUAUUAAUAAUAAUAAUGAUAAUGAAAAAACGGGGAUUUUCGAGCAGAAAUGGAGAACAAGCGAAAAAAUAUGAUAUAUAAAUACAUAUACGAAGCCAAUACCCUUCCAACGUUUAUCGAGAAUGCGUGGUAGUCGGAGCGUGUGAGGAAAUACGUAUGCGCGAGUGAUUGGGAGCAACGGUGCACGUGCGACACGUUUUUAUUAUUAUUCGGCAAACAACGUCUUUGUAUACUCUGCCCGUGUUCUAGAGAAGGACAGGAGGAUCAUGGUUCUUGUGUAUGUACAUCAGUAUCUCGAUAGUAGCCGUAAGCCUAAUCAAUGAGUCGCGGAUUUGCCGAGGAAAAUCGAUUCAACUUCGGUCGAAUGAGACGAAUCCUCGAUUUCGAGGGCCAGAAUCGUAUGGAAUUGUAUGGAAUUCCAGUGAGAGGAUAAUUAGAGCGAGGAAUUCACGCUUCUGUUUAAUUAUUUCGAUGACGAAGGGGAAAGAAAAAGAGAGAAAGGAAAGAAAGAAAAUCGCGAGGGGCUUGAUGCAAAGGCAAAUCCGCGACGCCUCGUCAUUUAACAUUACGUAGUGAGUUUUCGAUGUCUUCGAGCAUAAUUACAGUUUGUACACAUACACAAUACGCGCGCACAACCGACAUACUCAUCACUCUAUCAGAUAGAUACGAUAAUAGGGAGGGAGGUGGCAAAUGGAAGAUUUCACGCGGACAAUGGGAUUAGAAGUAAUGUUUCAACACGCAAGACACAAAGGAGAAAGAGAGAGAGAGAGAAAGAGAAAAAAAAAUACUUCUACAAAUUACAUGUUGUCGUGUAUGCAGUUUCUUGAAGUCGAGUAGCGACGAAUACCACCGUAAACCAUUCGUAAAAAAUUCGCUCAUUCAUCAAUUCCCAUUUUGAUUGUAUAACGUUGACACGCCGUUUCUCAUUGUAAUCCGUUGAGGCGGCACGAUCACAUCGUGUCGCCGUCAUUUGUAACAAUAUACGAUUAUAUUGGUUAAUAAAAGUUAUCUAGAUGUAA